UAAAUGAAUGACAGCCUGGGAUAUAUCAUCUCAGCCAAAAGUCAGAGAUGAUAACACAGGCAUGAUGUUUCCUCCCUUGGCUCUCUGUCCAAAGAAGACAAAUUCCAUCUGUUUUCCAAAGUCUUACAAAAGAUCAGGAUUCUUGUGUUGCUCAGACAUGUGCACCGUGCUUUAAAGAAAGAAGAGUUCUCCAUCUAAGCUUGAAAAAUCAACAGAAUACAAAGCAGCACAUUGAUGAGAUCUGAGUCCUGGGAUCUGAACCAAUGAUGCUGGGUUCACCAACAUCACCAAAGACAGGAGUUAAUGCCCAGUUCUUACCUGGAUUUUUAAUGGGGGAUUUACCAGCUCCAGUGACUCCACAACCUCGAUCAAUUAGUGGCCCUUCAGUAGGAGUAAUGGAAAUGAGAUCACCUUUGCUUGCAGGGGGAUCACCACCACAGCCAGUUGUACCUGCUCAUAAAGAUAAAAGUGGAGCUCCACCUGUUAGAAGUAUAUAUGAUGAUAUUUCCAGUCCAGGACUUGGAUCAACACCUUUGACUUCAAGAAGACAGACGAACAUUUCAGUGAUGCAGAGUCCUCUUGUUGGAGUUACAACUCCUGUGACUGGACAAAGCAUGUUUAGUCCAGCAAAUAUUGGCCAACCACGAAAGACAACACUCUCUCCUGCCCAAUUGGAUCCUUUUUAUACUCAAGGAGAUUCUCUGACUUCAGAAGAUCACCUCGAUGACACUUGGGUGACUGUGUUUGGGUUUCCACAAGCUUCUGCUUCUUAUAUAUUAUUACAGUUUGCACAAUAUGGGAAUAUCUUAAAGCAUGUGAUGUCCAACACGGGCAACUGGAUGCAUAUUCGUUACCAGUCUAAAUUACAAGCCCGGAAGGCCUUAAGCAAAGAUGGGAGAAUAUUUGGAGAAUCCAUCAUGAUUGGUGUCAAGCCAUGUAUAGAUAAAAGUGUCAUGGAAAACAGUGACAGAGGAGCCUUGUCAUCUCCAUCUCUAGCCUUUACACCACCAAUCAAGACCUUAGGCACUCCAACACAGCCCGGAAGCACUCCCAGGGUUUCUACCAUGAGGCCUCUUGCUACAGCAUACAAGGCCUCCACCAGUGACUACCAGGUUAUUUCUGACAGACAAACACCAAAAAAAGAUGAAAGUCUUGUGUCCAGAGCGAUGGAGUACAUGUUCGGCUGGUAGUCCAUCCAGUACGAGCUGGACUGGGCCCCUUUGCGGAGGACUGCCGCUUCCUUGGGUUAGUUCUAUAACCGUCUACGGCAGGGCUGGAGAGCUGCCUCAGCCAUGUCUGUCUUUUACAGCCUUUGUUUAGGAAAGAGCCCGUUUGUAGCUUGCACUUUAAAAGAUGGCUGAAAUACAUCUGAGGAAAAGAUUGUUCGAUAGCAUCUUGUGCUUUCUGUGAUACAGUGCAUGCUUGGCGCCUGGACAGCGUUGACUGCAGGAAAGGAAAUGAUGGAGUUUGAAGUGAGUCUCGUUAGCUUUCCUGAGGAGAUGGAUGAAUUUCAUGGAGAGCAACCACUACUUCACCAUACACAGUGAUUACAAUUAGCGAUUUGAAUUAUGGUCUUUAAUUUUAGAUGGUAUUUAAUAUCUUGAUUUUUUUUUUGUAUGUGUCUUGUGGAUUGUCAUCUUCUAUGUUCUUUUUAAAAACUACCGACUACUAAUGUUUCUUAAUAAACUUUGUCAGUUUUUAUGUGCUGAA